AGCGGUUUGUGUGGUUUUCGAUUUCUUCCAAAUUUCUGACUUUCGUCUCAAAACAUCCACAAAAUCGAAUGCGUUGCGUGAAUUGCGUCGGUUGUUCUUGGUCACGGCCAAGCAGAGCUCACCGUAUUAUCUCCUCCGGUGGUCACCUUUCGUCUCGAUUCUAUCAAUGUCCUUCAUCGUCUCUAUCUUUCCGUUCCUCUUUCAUGUGUUGCUCCUCCACAUCUGGACCGUCCGAUUCAAAUCCCGAAUCAUCUUCAAAUCGCUCUUACAGUUACAGCCGUAGAUGGCACAAUCCCCUUCCCCGGCGUCGACAUCCUGAUCAAAUGCCGUCUUCUCGGAUUGCUCGUGAUUGGAUCGAUUCAGAUACAACUCCAGUUUCCCAAGCUUCAGAGAGAUUCACUGUAGUGUCAUACAACAUACUGGGAGAUAGAAAUUCAUCAUAUCAUAGAGAUUUGUACUCCAAUGUGUCUUUUCCUUACCUCAAGUGGGGCUACCGCAAAAGGUUGAUAUGCGAAGAACUCAUUCGUCUCAAUCCAGACAUAAUCUGUAUGCAGGAAGUAGACAAGUAUUUUGAUCUAUUCAGUAUGAUGGAGAAAGCUGGAUAUGCUGGCUCCUAUAAGAAGGACUACAAAUAUAAGCUUUGCAAUGGCAGCGGCGAACUGGAGAUAACAUCGAUGGGUGCGCAAUGUUUUGGAAGGCUGAUAGUUUUGGAGAGGGAAAAUAUUGAGUUUAGCCAGUUUGGUAUGCGCGAUAAUGUUGCACAGCUUGCUGUUCUUGAGCUGCGGAAGUCUAAUAAGUCAAGAAAGAUACUGCUGGGUAACAUCCACGUGCUUUAUAAUCCAAAUAAAGGAGAUGUGAAGCUGGGUCAAAUCCGUUCACUCUGCUCAAAGGCUCACUUGCUCUCUAAGAAAUGGGGAGACAUUCCCAUUGUUCUAUGCGGGGAUUUCAAUAGCACUCCCCAGAGUCCAUUGUACAACUUCUUGGCGUCCUCUGAGCUGAAUGUCAUGGAACAUGACAAAAGAGAGCUCUCUGGCCAGAAAAAAUGUCAUCCAACCAAAGUUCUUGAGACUGGAAGCAAAUCUAGUAAUACAAUAACUUUCAGCUCUUGGACCAAUGAAGAGAUCCGAGUUGCGACUGGGCAAGAGAACUCGUACUGGGCUGUGCAUCCCUUGAAACUCAAUAGCUCAUACGCCUCAGUUAAGGGCUCACCAAAUACCAGGGACUCUGUUGGUGAACCUCUAGCAACCUCGUAUCACUCGAAAUUUCUCGGAACGGUUGAUUAUCUUUGGUACUCUGAUGGUCUUGUACCUGCAGGGGUUCUUGAUACACUUCCUAUUGAUGUUCUCUGCAAAACCAAAGGCCUUCCUUGUCAAAGGAGAGAAGAGAGUGAGGAAAUGGCGUUGAGCUCAAUGACAUGGGGUUACGCACGGAUCAUAGCUGGAACACUUCUCGGCGGGACUCUCGGAUUCUACGUAAUGCAUCGCAUCGAAGUUAGCUACAAGAUGAGGAUGGAGGAAGCGUUGAAUCAAUACGAGAAGGAUAUGCAGAAGAGACAAGAAGAAGAGAAUCUUAGUCAGAUCAAUGAAGAAUCCGUUUAGCUUUCUCUUGGUAGCAUGCCUUCAAAGUGUUCGAUGAAAUGCCCAACAUAUGUUUUAUGUUGUUUUUACUCUUUGUGUUUUUCGGUUUGGUUUGGUCUGGCAUUAUGAAAAGGUUACAUUUGUCUUUGGUUUAAAAACUAUAUACCAUGAUGGUGGACCAGAGAAGCUGCCAUAUUGAUGAUAAUGAUAUGUAUUUUCAUCUAUUGAAAGGUUUCUUAAAGAAACAACUAAAAUUCUU